AUGUUCCAUUCUCAUUCAAUAAAGCAGUUCAAUUAUCGUCAUGUAUUACAAAGAUGUUUUAUUGGUUUUGACCACAAACGAUACUUUCUACUUUGUAUACUUCUUUUGUGUGUUAUCGUGUUAUUUCAUUCCAAUUCUAAUGCAUUCACAACGACGGACAUUCUCGAGAAUGAAGAUAUAUGUUCGCAAUUACUUCAAAUCACACUUCACAGCAACCGAACAUUAUGUAGCGAAAGCGCUGAUCGUCGUGGUAAAAAGCAACGCAUUAUUUCUCUAUCGAUCUUUGGUCCAAAAGAGAACUCGUUGUUUGCUGAUGAUAACUUUUCUCAAUUAAUUACACCACUAAUUCAUGAAGCAACAGUAUUAUUUCCAAAAUGGACAAUACGUUUGUAUGCAGAUGAAUUGACAAUCAGUCGAUUGAAUUUACAAGAUCUGCCGCGUAUAUCAAAGAAUAUUGAUAUAUGUAAUGUUAAUCAAAUACCAGUAUUAGGUGAUGUGGAUGCAUAUUUAUCGGGAAAAUUGUGGCGAUUUCUUCCAGCACUCGAUCCAACAGUUGAAUUUGUCUCAUCGCGUGAUCUGGAUUCACCAUUAACACAUCGUGAACAGAUAGUCAUUGAAGAGUUUAUCAAUUCACCAUAUUUAUUUCUAACAAUGCGUGAUCAUCCAUUACACAACGUUCCAGUCCUCGGUGGUCUAUGGACGGCUGCACUGAAUCGAAAUCGUCUUUUAUUUCUUCGUUUAUUCAGUAUUCUACUGGAUCGAACUCGUGUUCAACAAUAUAUUCUCAAAAAAGAUCAAAACUUGUUAGAAGAAUUAGUAUGGCCCAAAGACAUGUACGCGCUUUUCCCAGUCAACGACCAGCACGAGAUUGUCAUACCAUGUCCACAGCAAUGUCGACCGAAAUAUCAUCCCGACUGGACUUAUUGUUGA